ACCACUUGUCCAUGUAUGGCCCACCUUAUCUCUUCCUCGCUCGCUCCCUCUCUUCCCACCUUAUCUCUUCCUCGCUUGAUCCUUCUCUCCCACGAAGCAGCCACAAGCACCACCGCAAUCCGCACCUUUCGUCCUCGUCGUCGCCCGCUGCGUCGCAGCUCGCGCCCCGGCCACCGUGCAACAUCGCCACACGCAUCGUCGGCAACUCUGCAUCGCAUCAUCUGUCAUGGCCGUCCGUGCUGCAUCGCAGCUUUCGUCCUCGUCGUCGCCCGCUGCGUUGCAGCUCUCGCCCCGGCCGCCGUGCAGCGUCGCCGCACACGUCGCCAGCAAUGCUGCAUCGUAACAUUUGUCAUGGCGCCGGUGCUGCAUCGCAGCUUUCAUCCUCGUCGCCGCCCGCUGCGUCGCAGCUCCCACCCCGGCCACUGUGCUGUGUCGCCGCACGCGUCAUCGGCAAAGCUGCAUCGCAGCAUCUAUCAUGGCCGCCGGUGCUGCAUCACAACUUUCGUCGUCGUCGUCACCCACUCCGUCGCAACCUCUGCCAUGGCCGCUGGCGCUGCGUUGAAGCACCCCGUCGCCGGAAACGUUGCAUCACACCAUCCGCCAUGGUCGCUGGUGCUGCAUCGCAGCUUUUUUCGUCGUCGUCGCUCGCUGCGUCACAGCUUCCGUCAUGGCCGCCGUGCUGCGUUGAAGCACCCGUCACCGAUGAAGCAACAUGGAAGCGGCAUGUGUUCCGAUGGAGCAUCGUCGGCGGCGUCGGGAGCUACGAUGUACCGCUGCCGCACGGAUGUUGUCGCUGCAAUAAGCAAAGUCGGAGGCUCCCCGUGCUCCGAUACGGCUCUCGCCGACGGCUGCAAGAUCGAAGGAGAGAACGGGGCUGAUGUGCGAUGCGUGGAGGAGAUUUUGCGUGUGUUGACCAUUCAAACGAGUUGUUGAUCCGACAAUGUCGUGGGGUUGAUCAAACGGUGAGCAAGGAGGCUUAAUUCUUGCUGGGAUUAGUCGGUUGAUUUGUAGCACUUUGUUAAUUUAUUUUUCCGGUCGUCCGCCUAUAGUGGGACAAAAGAAUUACUGA